AUGGAUACAGAGGGAAGCUCUGUGCCAAUGGCAAUUCCUAGGUUCGAUGGCUACUACAAUCAUUGGGCCAUGACAAUGGAUAAUUUCAUUAGAUCAAAGGAGUGUUGGGAUGUCAUAGAGCCAGGAAUUCCAGCGAUGCCACAAGGGGCUGAAAUUAGUCAGCCAAGAUCGUUUUCCUCCGUGGUAGCAGAAAGGACGCAGCAAAUUGAAGGGCAGCAGAAGCAGUCGGAGGAGCGACGCCAACAAAUGGAGGAACAAUGUAAGUUUGUGGAGAAGAUGAAGUUGAAAGAUCUCAAGGUUAAAAAUUUUCUGUUUCUAGCCAUAGAUCGGAAAAUUAUGGAGACUAUCCUUGUCAAGGAUACAUCUAAACAAAUCUGGGAUUCCAUGAAGCUGAAAUACCAAGGAACCAGUAAGGUGCAUAGAGCACAACGACAUGCUCUAAGAAAGGAGUUUGAAAUCUUGCAGAUGAAGGUAGGAGAAAGUGUUGAUGAGUAUUUUGCUCGUACCUUGAUAAUUGAGAAAAUACUACGAUCAAUGACGCCAAAAUUUGACUAUGUCGUUUGUUCCGUGGAAGAAUCAAAAGAUUUGGACACUUUAACAAUCGACGAAUUACAAAGUAGCCUAUUGGUACAUGAACAAAGGAUGAAGGGACAUGAGAAAGAAGAACAGGUUAUUAAAGUCUCGCUUGAAGAUAGGCUUGGAGGAAGAGGAAGAGGACGUGGAGCUUUUAGAGGAAGAGGACGAAGUGGAGGUAGACAAAGCUUCAACAAAGCAACUGUGGAAUGUUUUAAAUGCCACAAGCUUGGGCAUUUUCAAUAUGAAUGUCCUAGCUGGGAGAAAAGAGUCAACUAUGCUGAAUUGGAUGAAGAUGAGGAGCUGCUUCUAAUGUCGUAUGUUGAGAUGAAUAAUUACAAUAGAGAAGGUGUGUGGUUCCUUGACUCAGGGUGUAGCAACCAUAUGUCAGGAAACAAACAAUGGUUCACUAAUCUUGAUGAGGAGAGCUCGGUAACAAUAUGA